GAGAUUGCUGCGAGUUCGAGAAAGCGACGCCCGCGACUUUUGGCUAGCCCGGAAAAGGGCCCUGUUCCUUUAGCGAGCCACCGUCAUUACUCUCCAUUGCAACACGGACGACUCUGUUUCUUUCACAUGGCCAGAUACGGAACUUAUCGCACAUUAUGUCGUGAGCUUUAUGUGCGUCUCGACUUAUAAUCAGACAGCAAAAGCGAGGAUACGGUAGUAGUAGCAAAGACGACAAAGGAGAGUCUACCUCGCAUGAGAGAACUCCCCUCGGUAAACCCGGGGUACCUCGGCCAACCUCCCCACGACCCGGUCAUUAAGUCGAGUCCCCUUCCCGCAUGCCUUCCAUACGAUAAACCACCCAAAUAUGUCGCUUUCAACGUUCAGUAUAAAGGAGCAUACUCUGCCAUGCUCAUAUAUUCGAGAAUAUCCUUUGGCGACCGCGGAUGAUCAGGAAGACACGCUUUAUCUCGCAAUCAAGCAGUACACGCCGCUUGAUAACUUGACACCGCAGAAGGGAGAUGUUACAAUAAUUGUUGCACAUGCUAAUGGCUUCCCAAAGGAACUAUAUGAGCCUCUAUGGGAUGAGAUGUACUCGAGAUUGAGAGCCAGUGGUAUCAAGAUCCGCAGCAUUUGGAUUUCAGAUGUAGCACAUCAGGGCCAAUCAAGUGUCCUCAACGAGGAUAAACUCGGAAAUGAUCCAUCGUGGUUCGAUCACCCUCGAGACCUGUUUCUGAUGAUCAAUCAUUUCCGAGACCAGAUGCCGCAGCCUCUUGUGGGACUUGGUCACAGUAUGGGAGGAGCACAUUUGAUGCAACUUUCACUGAUGCACCCGCGUCUACUGAGUACCUUGAUCUUGAUUGAUCCUGUGGUCUUGCGUGCGACUCACAUCAACGCUUACAACCUGGGCCGAAUGUCUGCAAAACGAAGAGACAGAUGGCCAAGCAGAUCAGAAGCACGAAAAUCAUUCGAGAAAUCGCCCAUGUUCAAGUCUUGGGACAGACGUGUACUGGAUCGCUGGAUGGAUCAUGCUCUACGUGACCUACCGACUAAACUGUACCCAGAAGUCGCGGUAUCGUCGACAGUACCCGCAAUAGGUGCGGAUGUGUCUGGCAGUACGAUUUCUCCCGACAGCAAGACGGAGGUGCCGGUCACACUCAAGACGACAAAACAUCAAGAGGUCAUGACAUUUAUGCGAGGCAACUUUGUAACGCCGUUGAAUCCUGCUCCGGAUACAGCACCCAACCCACUGACGCACCCGGAUGUGGAUACCGUGUUGCCUCCUGUAACGCCGUUCUACCGGGCUGAGAGUUUCCACAUCUUCAAACAGCUGCCGUACUUACGACCCUCUGUACUCUAUAUCUUUGGCACCGAGUCCGACCUCUCGGCACCGAGACUCAUAGCUGACAAGCUGGAGGUCACAGGUGUCGGGGUGGGAGGUAGCGGAGGUGUUGCAAAGGAACGAGUCAAGGAGUUCACGAUGCAGGGCGGUGGACAUUUGAUGCCGAUGGAGCGCGUAGGUGAGACGGCUGACCAGUGCAGUGGCUGGCUCUUGCAGGAGUUGAAGCGGUGGAAAGACGAGUACAUACAGAUUGAGGCUCUUCGGGCAGCGACACGGCGAGAAAAGAGAGGUCUGAUGUCUGAUGGGUUCGUCCAGGCACUGAGUCAGACUGGCAAAGCAAAGUCGAAGCUAUAGGUAGUAGAUAGGUCAGCAGAAUAACAAGUUGCCAAAACAGGAAGUCGCACAGCAAUGACGCGUAUGGACGGAGAUUUGGCGAGGAAAGGCCGAC